GGCGAUCCAAGAUGGCGGCGGGUGGAGGCUAGGAGCAGCCUCCUGUGUCAGUGCGGUAAUAUCGCCCCGUUGUACCGAUAUCGCUGUGAUAAAUAUCUAAAUGUCGCCGAUAUUGGUGGUAUAGUAGACGGUGAAGAAGGCUGUCUGGGGUUACAAAUAAAUCUUGAGCAGUUGUGUCAAUGAGCAGAGGAGUAUCAGAUGGAAUUUAUUUUGGGUGAAUGUGAGUUUGCAUUUUGGUGAAACAAACAAGGUUGUCUCUGGGAUGUGAAGUGUCCGUUGCCAGUAGCAAAAUGAGUCCUAAGUAGUCACAAGUGCAGGCGAAGAACAUUCUCCAUCAUGGAUCACAUGAACCUCAUCACUUUUACCCGAGCCAAAGAUAAAACAGACACCUGGGAAAACGGAGAACGUCGGAAAUCUCCAUCACCUGGCCCCGGGAUUGAAGUCCUGACUGGAGAUGAGGUGAAAAAGUUCUAUGAGAGCCUCCUCGCGUCGGAUGAUGAGGCAGGCACGAGUUCCGUUCGGAAACAUAAAGUUGUUUGGCAGAAGUCGAAGACUGAAAGGACCAACGGGGAGCAAAAUCCAAGGAGUCUGCCUACUGCAGCAAUGGAGAGGAAUGGACACCUCCUGCUAAAAUGUGCUCAGGAUGGGGACCUGAAAACGCUUCGCAGGUUGCUGGAGACUGCAACGUGUGAUAUAAAUUUCCGGGACAGUUAUUACUGGACCGCCACAAUGUGUGCGGCGUACAGCGGGCAGGCAGAGGUGGUGAAUUACUUACUGAACCGUGGGGCUGCGUGGAUUGGAGUGUGCGAUUCCAUGGGGCGAGAUGCUUUGGAUUUGGCCAGGCAGGCUGGGCAUGUGGAAAUCAUCACAAUGCUUGAAGAAUUUCAUCCUCACCGGGAAAAACAGCAGGAACCAAGGGAGAGGCCACGGCAAAAGAAAUACUGUCAGAUUUGUGAAGUGCAAUACGAGGAAGACAGUAUUGAGCAGCACGAGAGGUCAACGUUACAUUUGUUCAACAAGAAAGAUAAGCCAGUGCCAACUUAUUACUUCAUUCCAGAAACCAACGUUGGCUUCAGAAUGAUGUUGAAGGAAGGUUGGGACAGGGAAACAGGGCUCGGGCCCACCGGGAAGGGACAGAAGUUUCCAGUAAAGACCGUGCUGAAGCGAGAUCAGAAGGGUCUCGGGUUCCAGAGCGAUUUGAAACCAAAAGUCACCCACUUUAAUGCCAAUGAUUCCGACGCAGUGAAACAACCGAAGCCCCCAAACAGCCGAGUUCAGAGAGCUGCUACAGUCAGCAGGAGAGAGGAACGUAGGCAACAGGCAAAGGAGAAAGCCUGGGAGAAAGAUCUGAGGACUUACAUGAAUCUCUAAGAACUGACUUUGGGGUGUGUCCCUUUACAAAGUGCAUCGCAAAGGGUUUGGCGUUUCCUAAUGUUGUUAGGGGUCUCCUGUUGGGCUCAGUGCAUGUUCUUUUCUGGAUCUCAGGGUUCAAACCCAGGCUAACAGCAGUGCUGUCGUGAGGCAGUGCUGCGUUCUGUGGCCAACCUGUCCAAACGCAAGACCAGCCAGAAUGUGCACAGUGUUUGAGGGGCAGGGAGUACUUCAUUUCCUGGGGGUUAAUCAGACGUUUAAUCAUUAUCGCUGGUGAGAUCCUCCUGGGUGGGGAAAAAUAUAUUGACCGUAUUUCACAGCGAAUCAGGUGUCUGCCAUGAGGUGAAACACUGCUCCGUGUAAAAGCACACGAAAGGUGGUCAGCCUGAAACAUUAGCUCAGUUUCUCUCCACUGAUGCAGCCUGAUCUGCAAUUUACCGCCUACACUUCAGCUUUCCAGUAUUUUGUCUGCUGGGUAAGAAGGGCGUCCCCUUGUGCCUCCUCUUCGAUAAAUAAAUGGCUCCAGUUGUCUCUGGCUGAAAACCUCUGAAUUCUCUGUGGGGCUGCUGUUAUAGCACAAUAUACAUUCAUGAGUAAAUGGUAAAGAAAAGCAGCUUAUUGUUAACAUGAGGGGAAGAAAAAACCUGUUCGCUGCCAAAAGUGAGUGGUUUUGUAGCAACCAACCAUUGGGUUAGUUACAGAUGACAUUACUCUGUGCACUGUAAGGUGAACAUCGGCUGUGGUCUCAUUAACCAUCUGUCAGUGUCUGCCAGUUUGAAUACAGUCCCCUGCAGCCUCGCGUCUAAGGGAUUACAAGCAAACUACUGUGGGUGCUGUCACGCUACAAUAAAAGCAGCAAGUGCAGCGAUUAAAAUAAACUCCAGGUAGCUCUGACAGCAUGGGUGCAGAAGGAAGGGGAGGGCAUGGUUUGAGUCGAAUGUGCUCUGAGCUUGGCCUCAAGGUUAAACCCAGGAAGCUGCCAGACCUGCUGAGUGUUACCAGCUUCAGAAAUGAAUCAGUAUACACACCGAACAGCAGCUGUUCCAGAACUGGUAGGACAUCAUUGCCCAGUUCUGACAUUUGUAAAACAUCCUUCAUGUCUGAAUUAAAACUACAUACCCUACAUAA